GUUCGGCCGCAGAGGAGGCGGCCCGAGCCUGGCAGCGCCCGCGCUGGGCCGGCGGAGGGGAGCCCGAGCCUGUCGAGCUGGCGCCCGGCGGGGCCAUGGUGCCCGGCCUCCUGGCGCUGCUGCUCGCGGCCUCCACCCCGCUCGGGCGGCGGGCGGCGGAGCCGGGUGAUGGCUGUGGUCACCUAGUGGCUUAUCAGGACAGUGGCACAAUGACAUCUAAGAAUUAUCCAGGGACUUACCCCAAUCACACUGUUUGUGAAAAGACUAUUACAGUACCCAAGGGGAAGAGACUGAUUUUGCGGUUGGGAGAUUUGGAUAUUGAAUCUCAGACCUGUGCUUCUGACUACCUUCUGUUCACCAGCUCUUCUGACCAGUAUGGUCCGUAUUGUGGAAGUAUUGCUGCUCCCAGGGAACUCUUGCUGAAUACGAGCGAAGUCACCAUUCACUUUGAGAGUGGAUCCCACACCUCUGGGCGGGGUUUUUUGCUGACCUUCGCCAGCAGCGAUCACCCAGAUUUAAUAACAUGUUUGGAACGCGCUAACCAUUAUCUGAAGACAGAAUACAGCAAAUUCUGCCCAGCUGGUUGUAGAGACAUAGCAGGAGACAUUUCUGGGAAUGAGGUGGAUGGAUACAGAGACACCUCUUUACUGUGCAAAGCCGCCAUCCAUGCAGGAGUGAUUGCAGAUGAACUGGGUGGCCAGGUCCGCGUGCUUCUGUCUAAAGGGAUAAGUCGAUACGAAGGAAUCCUGGCCAAUGGAGUGCUCUCCAGGGAUGGUUCCCUGUCAGACAAGCGAUUUCUGUUUACCUCCAAUGAUUGCAGUAGAUCCUUGAGUUUGGAACCCGACAGGCAAAUCAGAGCUUCCUCCUCUUGGCAGUGGGUCAAUGAGGUUGGAGAACAGGUUCACUGGUCCGCAGGCCAGGCCUGGCUUCAGGAUCAAGGCCCAUCGUGGGCUUCGGGUGACAGCGGCAACGACCACAGACAACGAGAGUGGCUGGAGAUAGAUUUGGGGGAGAAGAAGAAAAUAACAGGAAUUAGGACCACAGGAUCCACACAGUCCAAUUUCAACUUUUACGUUAAGAGUUUUGUGAUGAACUUCAAAAACAACAACUCCAAAUGGAGGACCUAUAAAGGAAUUCUGAAUAAUGAAGAAAAGGUGUUUCAGGGCAACUCUAACUUUCGGGACCCAGUGCGGAACAAUUUCAUCCCCCCCAUUGUGGCCAGAUAUGUGCGGGUCGUCCCCCAGACCUGGCAUCAGCGGAUAGCCUUGAAAGUGGAGCUCUUUGGCUGCCAAAUUACACAAGCUAGGGCUCAGGGUAAUGACUCAUUUGUGUGGCGCAAAACAAGUCAAACUACUGGUAUUUCAAAUGAGAGAGAAGAUGAGACAAUCACAAAGCGCAUCCCCUCGGAAGAAAUGCCCACAGGAGUAAACUUGACAACUGUUGCUAUUCCUUCUGUGCUCUUCGUUGUCCUGCUGGUUGCUGGAAUGGGAAUCUUUGCAGCCUUUAGAAUGAGGAAGAAAAAAGGCAAUCUGUAUGGAUCAGCUGAGGCUCAGAAAACAGGCUGGUGGAAGCAGAUUAAAUAUCCCUUUGCCAGACAUCAGUCAGCUGAAUUUACCAUCAGCUAUGAUAAUGAGAAGGAGAUGGCACAAAAGUUGGACCUCAUCACAAGUGAUAUGGCAGAUUACCAGCAGCCUCUCAUGAUUGGCACCGGGACAGUGACGAGGAAAGGCUCCACCUUCCGGCCGCUGGACACGGACGCCGCCGGGGCGGGGGUGAGGGCGGAGGCCGGCGCCCACUACGACUGCCCGCAGCGGGCGGCUCGGCCGCAGUACGCGCUGCCCUUGACCUGCCCGGAGCCGGAGUACGCCACGCCCAUCGUGGGGCGCCACCUGCGGAGGGCGCACACCUUCUCGGCGGCGCGGAGCGGCUACCGCGUGCCCGCGCCCGCGCACCAGCAUUCCCUCUCUGCAGGGGGCUCCCCUCCGCCGGGCUCAGCGGGCCCCCGAAGCGGGGGCUACCAGAUGCCCCAGAGCCCCUACGACGAGCCCAAGGCCAACAGCGUCUCCACCGCGGAGCGCCGAGAUUCCGACUCGCAGGCGGUGGCGAACGACGGCUACUCAGCCCCUAGGGACUGCAUCAGGCCCAUGAGCCACACGGCCGUGACCGCUCUCCUGUGAACUCAGUGUGAGAGAAACCUGCUGCGGUACUGAGCGUCCGGCUGUCGUGUCACUUGGCGAAGGGAGACUGCUGUUCACGUUGUGUGUGUGCGGGCGUGCGUGUGUGUGUGAUGUGAUAGGAUCCGCGGUGGAGUCCUAGAGACAACCUCUCAUACUGUUUACAAAACUGUGCAGCUGAUUUUGUUCUGACCCUCACUUAGGGCACUAGUCUGUUGGUUUUUGUUGGGUUAGAAAAAUGAAAAAUUUCUUACGGGAUUUUUCAUUUCUCUCACUGUGAUAUUGAGCUGCUUUGAUGUAAAAUGUGCAAUCUGUUCAGAGUCAUAUUUAACAAAAUUAAAGUAACUUAAGUUUGCUUUAUCAGAUGUUAGUGCUGCACAGAGGUUAAGUGGGAAAAUGCAGCUGUUGCAAAAACAUAUGUAGUAGAUACAUCCACUUACAAAGUAUAUAUUAUCUGAUACUGUUUGCAGCAGGUCUGUUUAAACGUUAUCUUGUUACUGUGGCUUGUUUCCUUUUGUUAACUAGAACUGAAAGCAUUUUUAACAUUCUUCUCCUGGAAGAAAUGAAAUUACUUGAAGCAUGAAAAAGCACACCAGGGUGGUUGUUUUAGCAAUUAUGUUUGUAGAUUUUUUUUUUUUUUUAACUCACCUCGGCAGCUUCCAGCUUCCUUAGACUCCACUUCCAGUGGGGACAUGAGGUAGCCAGUCAGGCACCCACAGAGCUGUGACUUACAGCAACCCAAACUGCUCUCCCAGCAAAUUGAAAUGAAGAUGGCACAGCAAUUACAGCCUGGAUUACCGAGUCAGGCGUUUUUGUAGCUCAGAUUAAAAAUAUUGCUGAGGUCUGAAGCCUACUUUUCAUGGCUUUCUUCAGAAAUAGCACAUUUGAGUGACUUCCAUUGUACCCUGAAAAAAAAAAAAUAGUUGUUUGAAAUGUGCCCUUGCAAAGUGACAGAGGCCAAAUCUAAAUGGUGCUUUUCAACUGGGACAAUUGGGAACUGAACUGACUUUGUAAGAAACAAUUUCCACCCUUGGGUAUGUGGUCUGUAAUUCUAGAUUAACCCAGACCUCAGCUGUAUCUCAAAUUCAGUGGUUUUUAUCUGAGCUUGCUUUGUGGGUUAACUGGGAUGGAAGGUGGGGAGUGUUAACCUCUUUUGCCAAAGAGAAAAGUGUAUGUGUGUAUGUUUUUUAAAUAGAAAAUAUGGACCAAAAUAUCCUUCCCUUAAAAAUGUAUUAUAAUCCUAUUUGUAUGGUUAUUAUUUUCUGUGAAAUGCCUAAAUGUCUCAAAUAAUGAGGGUGCUGGAAGAUCAGCUAGAACGACCUGUUAUUGUAAAGGAUAAACUGUUUACUUUGUGGAGUUUACAUAGUUUACAUGUAUACUAAUUAUAGUAAAAUAUACCAUAUCAAA